AUGAAGUUUGUAUAUUUCUUGGAUUUGUUGUUGGUAGCGGCAGUAUUCUACCACUUAUGGGCUGCCCCAUACACAAAAGUUGAGGAGCUGUUUAAUAUCCAAGCUAUCCAUGAUGUGGUGAACUAUGGCGUUCAUCCUGAUCAACUUGGCAACUACGACCAUAAGGAGUUCCCUGGCGUUGUUCCGAGAACUUUUGUUGGAGCUUUGGUGAUUGGUGGUAUUAUAAAAGCCAUUGACUACGGUCAUACUCUUAUCAAGGGUACUCCGUUGGUGGUGAAGGAUGGUGAUAGCCAGCUCAUAGUCCAGGUUGUGGCUCGUGGAGUGCUUGGCUUGGCGAAUAUCCUAGGUUUCAUCAGUCUUAGAAACGCUCUUAGCAAGGUUUCUUUUGUUGAGAAGGGCUCGAAGAUUAAAGGAGCAAUUGGCGUCUUUUAUACCCUUUUCUUGAUCGUCCAGUUCCAUGUUCCAUUCUACAGUACCAGAACCUUGCCCAACUUUAUUGCCUUGCCUAUAGUCACCUAUGCUUUCAGUAAGUUGGUGAAGGGCGAUAUGUCUGGAUUGACUUGGUUAUCGUUCACUGCUGUUAUCUUCCGCGUGGAGAUUGGCGUCUUUGCUACUACCAUAUCCUUUGUCUCGUCCCUUGGAUUUGGUCAGUCUGACCUCCAGAUUAAUCUGUAUUUCCUUAUUGCAGGAACUGUGGUCGGUGUUUUUGUUACUGUGCUUGUUGACUCUUACUUCUGGGGUGAAUGGGUGUGGCCAGAGCUUGAGAGCUUUAGAUUUAACAUCAUCAAUGGUAACGCCGAGCAGUGGGGCGUGGAACCAUAUGGGGCAUACUUCGGUAAGUAUUUGUUGAAUUUCUUCCGUCCACCUCAUGUCAUUCUCUUGACAUUGUUGGGUCUUUUAAUUGACCCAGCAAACGACGGAACACCAACUCAGGUCACCGAGGACAACAAGUUGGUUGUCACUCAUCCAGCCCGCAACUCUCUCAGGAUUUUGACAAUUUCUUCCAUCCUUUACAUUGCCUUUAUGUCGAAGCAACCACACAAGGAAUGGAGAUUCAUUGUUUAUAUCGUACCAGUCUUUACUUUGCAAGCAGCUAAUGGCCUUGCCAAUGUUGCGAGAAAAUGGUCGAACCUGUUUGCUCAUAAAUUGUUAUUAUUCAUCAUGCUUGCUAGUGUCGGUGUUUCAGUCGUUUACACUGGUAUGAUGAGUUAUGCCUCCAGUUACAAUUACCCAGGAGGUGAGGCGAUCUCGUUCUUGAACAAUUACAUCACUGAGUCAAAAGCAAAUCAAUCGCUAGUGGUUCACAUGGAUGUCGCAACUUGUAUGAGUGGUGUGACCAGAUUCACUCAAUUACAUUCUCCAUAUGUUGUAUUUGACAAGACUGAGAAGAUUGAAGACGUGUCCCGCUUGUGGAACAACUUUACCCAUCUCAUCACUGAGGUUGAUAUGGACAAGCCAAACAGGAAGGCAUCUCUUAUUACCUAUGAGCCCAAGCAUUGGAAGAAGUUGAAGACUGUCCAUGCAUUCUCCAGAAUUAACUUCUUCCCAUUCAUGUACACGAUCCAACACGUACAACGUUACCAGGCUCUUCCAGCAGAGCUUUCUCCUUCAGGAACUGCCGAUCCAUGGGACUACAAGACUAAGUUACAGAAGUUCCUUAGAACUACCAUCGAGACACACAGCUACUUGUAUGUUUACGAGAGAAUCGAGCAGGAUGCCAUUCCAGUGUAUAUUGAUUUGGAAGCUGAAGAGAAGCAUGACGACAGACUGGUUGAAACUCCAAUUGACCAGCCAGCCCCAGUCGAUAAGGACGCCGUGAAGGAGGCUAUCAACGAAGAAAUUGAUAGCUUCGAAGAUGCUCAGGAAACCUCCUAA